UCCAUUUCUCCGUACCUCAAACUAUUUCAUCUUCGAAAUACCCAAAACGAUCAGCGAUACAUCCCUCCCAGACCCGUUUGACUCAACUCUAACGCAAACUAAACCUCAACAGCUCAAAUCUCAAGAUGUCCUCCCCCAACCCCGUCGACGCGCCCCUGCACGUGCAGCAGCUCCUCACAGAGCUGCACAAGAAAUCCCUAGAGCAAGAAGCCCAGAUCUCAAAGAAAGGCAAAGUCUUCUCUUCAGAGGUUCUCGGCGAACUGGAAGACAAAAGCCGCAGCGCCGCGCCCGCCAACCCACAAGACGAAUUCGACCGUCUCAUGCUCGACAAGUUCAUCGCACUGGAUGAAGACAAAUGCCAGUUCGCGUACCAGCUGAUCACGGCCAUGGGGGCCACGAACGUCGUCGAAGCGGGCACCAGCUUCGGCGUGAGCACCAUCUACCUCGCGCUGGCGGUGGGGAAGACCACUGCCGCGACGGGGAAGUCAGGGGUGGUAAUUGCCACAGAGAAGGAGGAGGCGAAGGCGGCUGUUGCGCGGAAGUACUGGGCGCAGUGUGGGCCGGAGGUCGAGAGAUUUAUUGAUUUGCGCGAGGGGGAUCUGUUGGAGACGCUGAAGGAGGGUUUGCCCCAGGUGGAUUUGUUGUUGCUUGAUAUCUGGUCUGCGCUGGCGCUGCCCACGCUCAAGACUGUGCUGCCGCGCAUGCGCCGCGGCGCCGUCGUCUUGACUGAUAAUACUAUCUCUGGGGCCAAGGGUUACGCGGACCUGCUGGCUUUCUUGCGUGCUCCGGAGAAUGGGUUCCAGAAUAUGACCCUGCCGUUCACUAAUGGGUUCGAGAUGAGUGUUUAUUUGCCGUGAUUGGGGCGACUGCGAUGAUGAUGCUGGUGAUUGCUGGUGUUCGUCUUGCGACUAUUGAUUUAUGGAGGACGGGUUUGGGUUAUCAGGUAGCUCAGGGCUAUCGGAAACUGCACAUAUAUUGUAUCUUGAGAGGGAAUGAU